UAUAUAUGCCCAGUGGCUCAGCCGGCAGCGGCACCCAGUUCAGCAGCCCGGCACAGACACCUCUCAGGCAGGCUCCGGCGCUGCACAAUGAAAAUCCUGCUCUGUGACCUUCUGCUGCUCAGCCUCUGCUCAGGCAACACGUUGGGCAGCUGCCAGAGGGACUGUCUGAGCUGCCACCACAGGCUCCAGCCCCCGCCAGAAGGUUUCAGCCUGGAGGCGUGUGUCCACCAGUGCCAGGGCAAGAGCCCCAACGGGCCCGUCUGGACUCCUUGCGCCGCGGCCGUGGCGGGGAACUCCUGGCCACUGGGCCCCGCCGCCCCGGCACAGCCCGGGGUCCCCAGCGCCGAGACGCAGCACCUGAAGCGCAUGCCCCGGGUCCGGAGCCUCUUCCAGGGCCCCGAGAACCCCCAGCCCGGCCCAGAUGCGGAGCAGAAGCAGCUGCAGAAGCGGUUCGGAGGCUUCACGGGCGCGCGCAAGUCGGCGCGGAAACUGGCGAGCCAGAAGCGCUUCAGCGAGUUCAUGCGGCAGUACCUGGUGCUCAGCCUGCGCUCCCAGCGCCGCCGGACCCUGCGCCAGAGGGGCCACCCCUAGCCCUAGGUGGCCCCAACCGCCGGCUGACCGUCCACACCGCCCGCCAGUAUCCCGAUGACCCCCCACAGCAUGUCUUCAGCCUGCCAGGAGCUCAGAGACUGGACCCGCUUCGAGGGUCCCUGUCCCUGCUGUUGGGGGCCCCCACUCCCUCUGCCCACGGCAUGUUCCCUGAUGACCAUGUGAUGCCCCCAGAGUGUAUUUUUGUACCUCCUCAAUGAUGUGACCCGUCCACUGCCCCCUCCUACUUCAGGCUCCAGCCAACAAAGCGCUUGGGGGCCCAAUUGCCACCCUGAAGUUUGUAAAAUGACUCUGUUCUGUUCAGUUCUGAUUGUUCUGUUCUUUUGAUGUCAUCCCAUUAAACUUCCACUGAGCAAAUG